ACUCAGGCUUCUAGAGACUUGAAUUACAUUGAAUGAGCUGCAUAGAGCAAUUUUAUGUUUUUUUUUCAUUGUAAAAACACUCCCUAUCUGUUUCAGUUGUUUAGGAAAAGUUGUUCUGCAAAGCUCCAGAAAUGUGACUUCUAAUGAAUGAUAAAUUCAAGUCUCUUAUAGAUGCUCUUGACUAGUGAUGGUGCUUCUAAUGCAUUAUGACUGCCUAUACUCACCUAUACACACGUCAUAAUUGUCACGGUCCUGGCUAGGUGAAAGGUUGUUACUGAUGUUUAGAUUCAGCAAAUUCCACAGCCUACUGAUAUGGGUUAAUUGCUGAGCUGUUAAGUAGUUGUUGGGUGUCUUUUUGAACUUUGGAAGCAGCCAGGCUAGCUGGGACCUCUGCUCCCAAGUGUUUAUGUUAAACUAAGUUAACUGACUCGUGAAUACAGCUUGAUCUUUAAAGGACAGACAAAAGACUGAUAACAAUCUCUUCCUCUUCCUCCCAGAAUGAAGGUGGUUCCAUGUAUUACUGUGACUGUUUAAGCAAAAGCCUGAUCCCUGAUGUCUGAUAUACGGUACAUCAAAUUUUCUUUUUAUUUAGAAACCAUGUAUUAGCUUAUUGUGCAACUGAUUUAACUUAGGAGGGGUUGAAGGAUGCAAUAGAGAAAGCAAGUUCAUCAUUGUCUAGCAUAACCAUACGGAUUAUGUCCCUCUUUAUCACAAACAUUUCUAUGACUUGAAAAUAUGGCAGCAAUCCAGCUGUGGUUAAUGUCCAAAACUUGCAGUAUUGUCUAGAUCAUGGAGAACCACCAGCAAGGUUUUGUGAUUUACACAGAAAGGCAUUCCUUGGCAAAUCAGGACCCCACUUGUUGUAAUGAGUUUGGACUUAGAACUAAUCAUUUAAAAUAAUUUAUGAGCUGAUCAAAUCUGAAAAGCAAAUUUUAUAUGUUCAGCACAGGAGGACAUGUACUUCCCAUACAGUUAAUGGUUCACAUUGAAAUCUACUAAAUAGUCACCUGAGUGUGUUUUUGGUUUGUUAAUUUGUUUCCUUUUUGUUGAAGCUGCACCAAUCAAUAUACUUAUAUUAACAAUGGAUCAAAUGACUGUGCACAGUAUCAUCUAACGUCAUUCAUAUUGAUAAACCCACAGAGAAUUCUUACCAACUCUGAAUCUCUUUUAGACUCUUUCAGCUUAUUGUUUUGGUUUUCAGGAAAAUGCUCUGACAAAGCCACUGUACACUAGCUGCCCAACAUCAAACAGGAGACCGACAAAGUAAGCAGCUAGAUGGUGAACAUAGUGUGGUGGAGACCAAAACAGAGCUAAAAGGAGAGUAAAUGCUGGACUUCUUCUGAAACUUGUUUAAUGUCUUUUACAGCUUCUGGCCGAUCAUGUAAACUGGUAAAAGUAAAACAUACCACAAUAUCAACAUACAACCAGAGGAAGUUGCAGCUUCUUCUCAGAGCCUCAUAUUGAAGUCUGUUUCUGAAAGCGAUCCUGCUUUUGUUUGGAGCCUUGAAGACCCUACAGAACGUUGGCUUGUGACUGACAGUGAUGGGUUCACAGGGUCAAACACUGGCCUGGACCUUGCUUCCAGUGCUUCUGCUGGGAAUGACCUACUCAUCACACAGUUCCCUUGUGAAAGUCAAUAAAGGUUUAAAGGUGAAACGAGGGCAGUCAGCCUACCUCCAGGAGGGUGACCUGCAGUUCCAAAUUCCCUGUCAGAAGGAUGCCUGCAAGGUGGAGGUGGUGUUAAAUGAGCCUAUAACUCAACGAGUGGGAAAACUGAUGCCUCAGGUAUUUGAUUGCCACUAUCUAGCUGAUGAGGUAAAGUACGUUCAUAACGGAUGUCCAUUGUUGAAGGAGGACACUGUCAAACUUCAGCUGUACAGAUUGACCGAGACAGAGACAUACGUGGAGGUAUUUUUUCUCCAUGUGGACAUUAUGGAACCUGAAUGCAGUAUCAUAAAGCUGGGGCCCAAAUCCCUGGAGGUUCCUGAAUUCUAUGGCAUCUCUGAUGCUGUGGAUGGCAAUGUGGUGUCCUUCCAUUAUGAGAAGAAGUCUAGCCUGGAGUGUAUUGUCCAUUUAAGCAGCUAUGACACCCACCUGCCAGCCCAUGGCCAACUGGUUACCGGCGAACCAGAGAAAGCUACAAAGAGAGGAGAUGAGCCAGAAAGCUUCAUCCACUUACGUCAGCAGCUAGAUAAUAAAGCCAGAGCGAUGUGUAAAUCUGAAGACUGCCUGAAGGGUUUGAAGCUAGUGAAGAUCACCAAAAUUCCCUGUGAUGACUUCUUGUUGAUGGGGCUAAGGUAUCAGCACAUAGAUCCUCCAUCUCCAGAUGUAGACUACAUUGCAAUCCGAAUGGACCUCAAGGACACCAAGAGCGGCAGCAUAUAUCAGUCUGAACAGGCCUGGAUACCAGUGCAGAUAUACGGUGCAAUGCCCAAUCAGCCUCCCAAACCGUCCUUCAUGUCUAUGUUUAUCCUGGAAGUGGACCAGUUCAUCCUCACUCCGCUAUCCACUGCUACACUAGACGCUGAAGAUGAGGAAACUCUCAAACAGCUUUUGGUUUUCAACAUCACCAAACCCCCUGUGGACGGCUUCAUCACACAUUUAUCUGAUCACACACGCCCAGUCUCCUCCUUCACAUGGCUUGAUCUAAAUGACAUGCUCAUUGGAUAUCAACCACCAAACUCCUCACAUACCCAACGUCGGAAUUAUGAGGUGGAAUUUGAAGUUCAUGAUUUUUUUUUUGAGAAGAGCCAACCAAUGACUGUUCAUAUGUCUGUAAGGAAUUCAGACACAAAUUCACCCAGAGUGUCUUGGAAUAUGGGCCUCAGUCUGUUAGAAGGUCAGUCCCGACCAAUAAUGUGGGAGCAGCUCCAGAUUGUGGAUAGUGAUAACUUGAAUGCUGUUCGAAUCAUCACUGUGGACGGCCUGCAGCAUGGACGACUUACUGUCAGAGGUGGAAAGAGCUUCAUGUUCACUGUCAAUGACAUCAAAACGGGUGUAGUUCGCUAUCACCAUGAUGACAGCGACUCCACCAAAGACUUCAUAAUCUUCCGCAUCACUGAUGGCCACCAUCAGACCCGACAUAAGUUCCCCAUCAAGAUCCUGCCAAAGGACGACAGCCCUCCAUUUCUCAUCACUAACAUGCUGCUGGAGGUGUCUGAGGGCAAGAUGGUUUUGCUAACAGACUCAACCCUCCAGGCUUCAGAUAUGGACUCCAGCGACGACUAUGUCCUCUUUAACAUCACGCGCCCCCCACAGGCGGGAGAGGUCAUGAAAAUCCCAGGACCUGGACUCACGGGUUAUCCUGUCAGACACUUUCUGCAGAAAGACCUAUCUCAGUCCAUGGUUUACUAUCGACACCUAGGAAAUGGGGUCUUUGCUGACUCCUUCGAGGUGGUGCUGUCCGAUUUCCAUGACCCUCCCAACCUGUCAGAGUCUCAAGUGGUAAUGGUGCACAUAGAGCCUGUUCCAGACAAACCACCAAAAGAGGUUCCUGGUUCCAGUCGGUGUCUUGUCAUUAAAGAAACAGAAGUGGUUCAUAUAACAAGGAAACAGCUUCACUUUGUAGACCAGGAGUCCCCAGAAAGUGAGCUUACAUAUACAGUCACCACUCCGCCUUUCUACAUCGGUCCUAACAGGAGUCCAGAUGCAGGGACAUUGUUCUUAGUUGACAGCAUACCCAAAUUCACUAAAGACUCCAAUGCACCAGUGCUGAGACUCUUUACACAGCAUGCAGUGAACUUCAUGAAAGUAGCCUACAUGCCUCCAAUCAUGGACAUUGGCCCGUACCCCCAGCAUAUCCAGUUUGUUCUGUCUGUAACCAACCACCUGGGCAAAACAGUCACUGGGAUCUGCUUUAACAUCACUGUGAUGCCAGUAGACAACCAGCCACCACAGGUGAUCACCAAUCCUAUGACUGUUGAUGAAGGAGGGGAGUGCUUGGUCAGCCCUGAGAACUUGCUGCUGUCAGAUGUGGACUCCAUGGAAGAAGUCCUGCAGGUGCAGCUUCAGAAGGAACCACAGCAUGGAGCUCUGCAGCUAGGCACCCUCCUGCUAAAACAAGGCCAUGUUUUCACUGUGCAAGACCUGAAAAGCCUUAAAGUUAGAUACAAUCAUGACAGCUCAGAAACUGUAGAGGACAACAUUGAAUUCACUGCAACAGAUGGCACAAAUUCAGUCAGUUUUAUCCUGCAAAUAAAGGUGAAUCCUAUCAAUGAUGAGGUCCCAGUGUUGAUCGCUGGUUUAAAACCGGUUCUCAGCUGUGGGGAGGGACAGGAAAUAGUCAUCACUGCAGAGUUUAUUUACGCUACUGAUGCAGACAGUGACAACAGCAGCCUGGCCUUCCUCAUCGCCCGGCAGCCGUAUCAUGGUGUGGUGCUCCGAAACAGUGUCAUUGUCGAUCGCUUCAUCCAAGCAGACAUCACUGCAGGGAUCAUUACCUACAAACACACAGGGCUGGAGAUUGGACUAACUCCUCACCAUGACACCAUCACCUUUGUCAUUUCUGAUGGAGAAACUGAAAGCUCAGCUCUGUGCUGUGCUGAAGGACAUCCCACCAAAACCAGAGGCACAGCUCAGAUACGGGACAGUCUGCCUGUCUAUGACCUCCACAUCACAGUGUUUCCAGUUGACAGCCAACCACCUUCACUUACAACAGGAGACAUCUUUAUAGUGGAUGAGGGUGGGACUGCUCCGAUAACUGCAUCUCAUCUGAAGGCCGCUGAUGUGGACACUGUCAUGAAUGAGCUGGUGGUCAGUCUGAUUUCUCCUCCCCAGUUUGGCUACAUUGAAAAUGUCCUGCCCAGCCCUGGCUUUGAGAAAAGCAACACAGGCAUAAGCAUAGCCUCCUUUUCAUACAAAGACAUCAUUGACGGCUAUGUAAACUAUGUACAGUCCAGACACCAGAGGAUGGAGCCCACAGCCGAUCAAUUCAUGCUCUGUGUAUCAGAUGGCAAACGCAGCUCUGCCCAUGUCCCCUUCUACAUCAUUAUUAAUCCCACAAAUGAUGAGAUUCCAGAGUUUGUGGCUCAUAACAUCACAGUGCGAGAAGGAGAGAUGAAGCAGCUGGAUUCAUCAGUUUUGCAUGCGAUGGACCUGGAUGUACCCAAGAACAUCCUGCACUUUAGUGUAGUUAAAGCCCCACAGCAUGGCAGCAUCAUCAACCACAGCAAUGAAAAGCUAGUCUACAAGAAACGGGAGGCCAGCCGUCAACUGUCAGUGGUCGACUUUACAAUGACAGAUCUCGCAAAUGGUAUGGAUUUGACAUAUAUGCAUGAUGACUCAGAAAAUAUGGAGGACAGUUUUACCAUCCAGUUGACUGAUGGUAGGCACCAACUCCACAGACAAGUGAUGGUUAAAGUACUGCCAGUUAACGACGAGCAGCCUCAUGUCAUAAGGAACAAUGGACUCCAGGUGGAGCCAGGAGAGGCUAGGCUUAUAUCCAGUGUAUCACUCUUUGCACAGGACAGUGACACUCCUUCUUCAGAAGUCAUGUACAUAUUCAAGAGUGUUCCUACCCAAGGACUACUUCAGAUUAAGGAAGGUCAGGACUGGGUGACACUGACAGCCGGGAAGAACUGCACUCAGGAUAAGGUGGACAUGAACCUUCUGCGCUACUUGCAUACAACUCUGCAUGGCACAAAAACACAGGAUUUCUUUGUCUUCUACUUGCUGGAUGGAGAGAAUCAAUCACCACCACAGCACUUCCACAUAUCUGUCAGAGAUCUUGAAAAAGGAAAUAUUGCUCUCUUUGUGAAGCCAGUCAACGUCAGCCGUGGGGAUCGUGUGGUUCUCACCACAGAUGUGCUGUUAGCCACGGAUGGCACAGACAAGCCUGAGGAGCUUCUGUAUGUCAUCACCGACCUUCCUCGUCACGGACACAUAGAGUACAUUAAACAUCCCGGAGUGGCCAUCACCACUUUCAGCCAGAUGGACAUAGCAGCCAACCUUGUGGCUUACAUGCAUGACAACCGUGCCAGCACACCCACAGAAACCUUUCAGUUUGUUGUGAGCAAUGGGAAGAUCAGCCGAAAUGGAAGUCUUGAGAUUGCAGUGGAAAUGGUGGAUCGCAUCCUGCCAUCUCUGUCCUCCAACAAGGACCUCUCAGUCCCGCAGGGUUCCUCCAUAAUUCUGGGUCCUGACUGCCUGGCUGUGUCUGACCCUGACACUCCACCCAGUGCCCUGACCUUUGUUCUCCUUCAACCUCCACAGUAUGGCAGGCUGCUUUUAGGUGGUGCCACCCUAACUGCUGGGUCAAGCUUCACCCAGAGAAACAUAGAGGAGUUGGCAGUAACAUAUAAACAUGAUGGGGGGCCAUCUCAGAUCGACCGAUUUGCCUUCACUGCCUGUGACAGCACCAAUCGAGGCUUCCUAGUGGAUGGGCGAUUACAUAUAGCACCUGUGUUCUUCACAAUUCAGAUCAAGCUUUUGGAUAAGUCACCUCCUGAGGUUGUCAAGCUGCUCCCUCUUUGGAGAGCAGAGACCUUAGGUGAUGGACGACAUGGGAUCUUUCUGUCAUCUCAUGAGCUGAAGGCCCAGGACAGUGAUAGCACAGAAGAAGAGCUGAUAUUCUGCAUCGUUCGCCAGCCUCACUUUGGUUACCUUGAAAACAUUACCACAGGAGGUUUUGUACCACAGCGUUUCUCUCAGAAGGAGCUGAACAAGAGAACUAUUGUGUACAUCAUCAACACAGAAAGAGAGUCUCUCUCAGACAGCCUAGAGUUCAGGGUGUCUGAUCCUUUGGGGAACACUGGGCCCUCUCACAUACUUGAAUUCAGCUGGUCCGCGGUGGAGCUGUCUCAGCAUGAGUAUUUUGUGUGUGAGGAGCAGGGAACUGUCUCGCUGGACAUUAUCCGAAAAGGAAAUUUGGCAGAGUCCUCAUAUGUCACUGUUAAGGUACAGGAGGUGACUGCAACAGCUGGAAAAGAUUUCCUCAUAAGCAGUUCUUCCCUGAUUCAAUUUGAUCCAGGAGUGUCAGAGAGAAGCUGGCAAACGGAGAUCACUCAGGAUCACCUUGAGGAGCCUGAGGAGAUAUUUGAAGUGCUGCUGAUUUCCCCAGAAGGCACAGUGAUUGGCAGCAUCUACAAGGCUCAAGUCACCAUCAGAAAGUCAGAUAGUAAGAUGGGAGGAGAGUGCCAGCUGAACCAUGAUGGGGAUUCUCCUGUUCUUGGAGGAAAAGAGAUCCGGUUAGAUGCAUACCCCCAGCAUGGAUCCAUUCAACUAGAAAAACUGCCCCUUGGAACAGAUUCAGUAAUCUGGACUCGUGGAGACAGCAUCUCCAGGCCUGGAACAGACGUCCCAAAAAAGAAACUCAAAGUUAUAGGCAAUCCAAAGUCUAUUGCACCUUCAUCAGUUUUUCACAACGGAACAGACAUUAUUUACACGUAUCAUGGGAUCCUGCAAAUGCAAGUAGAAGACGACACUUCCCCAUUGAGGAAGGGCAGAAAGGCAAACAUCCGGGUGGUUAGCAGGAGAGCACAGCAGCAGGCUUCAGCAGUGCAAACUACGUCAAAGUCGGAUCCUCGCAGAAAGAACUCAAAAGCACAAACAACUGGACUGGCUAAAGGACAUGCUACAGCUGAUAACUUCAUAUCCAAGCCCUGUGUACCAGAACUGAUGGGGCUCCUGCAUUUCAACCAGACCACCAAUCAGCUUUUUCACUGCAAUGGUGUUUCCUGGAAACCCUGGGCACCAACUGAUCAGAUGGUGAGUGCUCAGAUGUGUCCUCAGGGCUGGACCUUUCAUGGAGGCCACUGUUACACCCUCAGCACUGAGCACAAGGUCACAUGGAACAUAGCUAACAGGGCCUGCAGGGAGAGAUAUAAAGGCACUUUAGCAAGUAUUCUCUCUAAAGUUGACAUGGACUGGCUGUGGGACUUCAGUGGAAGAAAACCAUUUUGGAUAGGCCUGAAUGACAGGGAGGGUCGAGGACGCUGGGAGUGGGUUGGUGGGGAGCCGGUCAGCUACACUAACUGGAAAAAGACACCCCCUCAGUCCAAAAUCAAGGGAAGCAAAAAGUGCGUCCUGGUGUGGAGAAGGGCAAAGUGGGAAAUCAGGGACUGUAAAAUAAGUAGAGGUCAUCGCUUUGUGUGUUCAGUAAAAACCUGAGUAGUGAAUAGACAUUGUGUGCCACAAGACAGCUAUGAGGCACUGUGUUGUUUCAGAAGAUUUCAGGAGGAAGGAAUGAUCCUCUGGACAAUUAAACUGCAAUAAAAGACAUCUCUCCAAUAAGGAUCAAUGGGAACCUUUCUGGAACUCUUCAUAUACUCUUCAUACUCUUCAUAAUUACAAUGAACUUUGUAACAAUUAUUGUGUCUUCAAGUAACCUCCAACAUUAAGUGUUGUUGUUUACACUGCAUUUAUUCUAACUAACCACUUCAAGUAUUGUUAUAUAUGUAAAAUAAAUUUUUAUAAAUGUAUUUAGUGUUUAUUUCAGAUAAAUCCAAGGCCAGAUUACUGACAAAAGCCCUUGACUGCCCUUGUCUGUUUAUUGAUAUACAUUACCUAUGGCAUCCAGUAUCAAAAUCUAAUUUUAUGGCUUUUACUGUUUUAACUUAUAUUAUGCUUACAUUGUACAUAUUCAGAAAUUAAUUUCUGUUUAAUCAAAUUACCAAAACCUAACUGACACACAGUUUUCUCUCAGAGUGCUGUUGGGUUUCCAUGUCUACAGGCAAAGUAUAAUGAAAAUGCCUUGUAUCGUGUGCUCUGUGUACUGUACUUCACUGUAUAUUCUAACAAGUUCAAUUUACUUAAAGAAAUUUAGAAAACGAUCACCGUAAAGUAAGUAAACGAACUAAAUUGUGUGAAGUAGUGUGAGAUUAUUAUAUUUAAGUGAGCUUUACUUGUUUUUGAAGUUGUAAGAACUUAAUGUAUCUCAGUACAGUUAAAUUCAAAUCAAGUUGUUGCAACUCAAA